CAAUUCUCUUUUUUGACCUCGUCGUCCGCAAGUCACACUCUAAAAUGAUGUCAUGUCAAAUCACUGUGUAGCUGCACAAAAACCCGAUAUUUUCCUGAACCAGUUUGGAUGUACUUUUUUUGUGAAACGAUGAAUGUUGUGUUUGUGAACCUCUGUAAAUGACGAAUAUCCCAAGAAGAAAAAUGUUACCGGCUUUUUUCCUCUACAUGUGCUGGGCAGCGGCCGGAUUAGUGCCGUCUACCUCGUGCCACCGGACCGCGCGCGUAGUGCCUCCGGUCUAUUUUCAACAACUGCGCAUUGAACCUGCGCCGCCGGCUCGCACCAGGCCGUCCGUAACGGCGCCGCCCGUUUCAGCCGUGAGUACGGUCCCGCCGGGAGGUCCUCUCUACGCCGGAAGCUUCUCUCGUGGAAGAGGGGCGUCCGACACUGCUUUUGCACUGUACCGCGCUGCCGAUGACACGGCAAGACACACGAACGAAAGGAGGAACUCGUCGCGACUUCUCCUACCGACGCCAGCAGCAGGAGCUGUUGCCAGUAUGUGCUUGAGCAGAUGGGCGACGCGGGGCAAGGCGAGAAAUAAUAAGGUAGCACCACCGACGAGAGAGACGAGAGCUCUUGGCAGCGUAGUCGCAGAAGAUGAAGAAGAAGGCUACUACUGCAGAGCAGAUGGUUGCGGAAGUCCACCCUUGCGGACACAAAUUUCGGUCGAAGAGAUACCGAAUGAGACGGUGCCGGCACUCUGGACUGGGGGUGGCUGCGAUGGCGGUGGUGGGGGCGGAAGCACCGACAUUGCGGACGCUUUUGACAGUGGCUCGCCAAAGCCAGCCAGAAUCGACGAAUUUCUGGAUCUCUUCGCGAAAGUGCGGGCCAAAUGUGCAGGAAAAAGCUUGAAGCAGAAAAUCAAAAAGGUCAUUUCCAAUGGAAGCUUAGCAAAGCUAAACGCGGAUGGAGACACAGCUGGCCAAAAACCAAAUGUAAGUGACGACUCAACAAACAACUCCGAAACGACGGCAAAAUGUGAUGUUCCUGGUCGAAGAGCGAAUAUCAGCAGCUUUGCUGAUCCAACCAACCUGUUUCCCGGGGUACAAUCUUCAUGUCCAGCGAGCUUCACGUCUGACUUUCCUUUGACAAAAAGCGCCUGCGCGAAAGCCGUGGCGGCUGCGUUACUGGUGGCCGCACGCCAGUCCUCGGUAAUGUGGAAUUUGUUCGACACUGCCCAGGAACUUGAGACCGCAAUUGAAGAUGUGAUUUUGGGUGCGGUAUCGGUGACCCCACUUCCGAAUGCCGAAGAGAACAGCGAGUUUUGUUUCCGGGCAAUGGAAGAUCUACUGGAAUACCGGGAUCGGCUUUUGGCAUCCAACUCGUGUCACCUGCCGGGAGACGGCGGCCCGCUUGCGGCAGCUAAAUCAGUAGUGGCAACGACCAGUGAAUCGGUUUUUCCGCCUGCUGCAAAAGCGUUCCUGUUCGAAAAUGGAGGAAUGGUCCCGGCUGGUUCAGCAGACUACAAGCGCUUCCUCUUCUAAGCGUCGAAACAUGCACAUGUUGGUAAGUUGUGCACGCAAAAAUGAACCGCGCGUCUCUCGUCGUAGACAUGAUAUCUACUAACCGCGACGAUUGGAAGAACAUUUGUAUGAAUUCGCUAUGACGAUGUCCCUGCGCAAAAAGAUAAAAAGGACUACGGAUUGCAAAACUCUCUAUGAUGUUUGCUCGCUUUUGGAUUGUGUGUGUCACCAACUGCCGCGAGGCCACUGUCGCUUGUGGUCGAACAGUGGGAAGAUUCAGAC